AUGUUGGCAUGGAAACCGGUUUCUACACCAAUGUCGUCUAAAGGCAGCCUUUCCCGUACCCAUGAUACUCCCCUAUCAGACCCCACCCCAUAUCGACAGAUUGUCGGUGCUCUCCAAUAUCUCACAAUGACUCGUCUCGACAUUUCGUAUGUUGUACAACAUGUUUCUCAGUUCAUUGGAUCUCCCACUGAUGUUCACUAUGAAGCAGUCAAAUGCAUCCUACAUUAUCUCAAAGGUACCCUUGGACAUGGCUUCCCUAUUCGCUAUUCUACUGAUUCCUUAUUUGUUGUUGCCUAUUCAGAUGCGGAUUGGGCAGGUUGUCCUGAUACCCGCCGGUCCACUACUGGGUAUUGUGUCUUUUUUGGACCUAAUUUAAUAUCCUGGAGUGCAAAGAAGCAACAGACUGUUUCACGUUUGAGUGUUGAAGCUGAGUACUGA